AUGGGUCAAGAGAACCCUGCAUACCACACAUUGGUAUCUUCAACUUCCUCAGACUUCCACAACAUGGGCUGCUUUCCGAAAGCCUCAGAUCUUGAGUCAUCAGCAGGCCCAGCAGGCAACAGUGAAAAUGGUUUCAAAGAGCUGACUGUGGUUCUGUCGGUAGUAUUCCCAAUGGUAUUCAUCAUUACCUUCCUGGGAAUAGUGGGUGUUGUGGCUGUGCUGGUCACUAGGAACCGCAGAGUUUCUAAGAGACAUAGACAUCCUGAAUGUGGUAAAAGUGCAGCCAAUGAAUAUGUUGAGAGGAAGAGUUUCCUGGGCAAGCAUUCAACAACAGAGUCUAGUGGCUCCUCUGGCAGUGAUGACACAACACAACAACUCACUGAAGGGAGCUCCCUCAGUGACACUAGGGAGUCUUCUGAAUCACAGGGCAGUAUGGAGUCCAACACUACCAUUGAGGCGGAGCUACCACCGACCCUCACCUGCACCUUCCAACAAUACCCACAGCUCGCCAAACGCUACCACAAUACCCACAGUUGCCAAAUGCUACCACAGAGCCACCAAACACUACCACUCGUACACACAACUUCCCAAAUCUGUCUGAAGCUACCACAGACGCGCAGCAGACUCCAAACACUGCUGAGACUGAGACAAACAACCUGAACCGGUUAUCUGGACCAGACAGUAGAGACUCCGGUGUGACCCAAGAGUCGUCUCCACACAGCACUGCUCCAGUUGUUUCUCGUCAGAGAAAUUACAUUCAAGUGGAGCCUGAAGCUGGAUGGAAUAUUCAAAGACCACCAGACAUAAGGGAAGACACUGUUUUGUACGCCACAAUUCUUCCUCACACAUCUCCUCCCCAUAAUCCAUAACACUUUUGUAAUGUGAAAGCAUUUUUAAAAUCAUUUUGGUACACAUGUAGAUAAAGUCUCACAGUAAAUGGAAGUGACAGAUGAACUUAUUUUUUAUGGUGUGUUUAUGUAUUGCUCAUUAAAAUUUGAUGAAUAACUUUGAGCUAUGUCCAGCUAUGCG